AUGCUAUGGCCUACACCAGAUCAGCUUAAUGCCACACUCGCACAAGCGAUCGGCAAUUUAAGUACAUUGGAUCCAAAAACAUGCCAAUGGCCUGACUUGAAUUACUCUACCCGUGGUCCAGAAAAUUGGGAUCCUGUAUUGCAUAUGUUUCGUAUUUCUACUAUGACUGCAGCAUUAACUGUUCCAGGUGGAAGAGAAAAUGAUACAGUUUUGUUGUGGGCUGUGCAUUGUGCACUGAGAGUCUGGAUAGAGCAAGAUUGGCAGAAUCCUAAUUGGUGGUGGAAUUAUAUUCAAGAUCCAUUGAUCGCCACAGGAAUAAUGCUCAUGUUAGGCGUAGAGCGAAUGAGCUCAGAGGAGAUCAAUGCUAUUAUUGCUAUGUCGUAUCGUGCUAAUUGGUGGAUAAAAGAUUGGGGUGGUGGCGCUAAUCUAGUAUGGGAGCUACAAGUACAACUAUAUCGUGGACUGGCUACAUCCAACUAUUCUGCAGUUGCACAAGGCUUCGAGGUCAUGUGGAACACUGUGCAAAUACAGAAUCUUUCCACUUGGGGUGUACAAACGGAUUGGUCGUAUCAUUUUCACGGACCACAGAUACUGACAGGAGCAUAUGGUGAUGCUUGGGCAACGAACAUUUUGCAUUUUCAUCUUGCUACACGUGGUACACAAUAUGCACUGUCUCAAGAUCGGAUUGAUAUCUUCGGUCGUUUUUUGACAGAAGGUGAUGCCUGGUUCACUAUGGGCAGUGUCUGGACAUGGGGUAUUCUUGGUCGAGUGAUUGACCGCGGCGUACACGUAUGGUAUACACAUUUAUUUCCGUCUGAUCAAUUGAGAGCACUAGCUAUGGACGUUAGUAGCGCCUAUACUGCCUUUGCACUAUUGGAUUAUGCUGAUCGACUUGAACAUCGUCAUGAAGCUCGACCAUUAGUGGGAAAUCGUCAUUUCUACACGAGUGAUUUUCAGGUGCAUCGUAGAGGAAACUGGACGGCGGCAUUGAAAAUGCAUUCUUUUCGAACAAUUGCCACAGAAUGUGAUAAUAAUGAAAACUUGAAUGGUGAACACAUUGGCGAUGGUGUACUCAACUUAUAUACACGCGAUGCUCAAUAUGGAAGUGGAGAAGAAUAUGAAAACAUAUUCGCCCUACUCGAUUGGAAGACUAUCAAUGGAAUUACGGUGGAAGCUGAUACACCAUUGGUACGAUGUAACAGGGUUUGUAUUGUUAUUGUUUAUACCAUUGCUGGAAAAUUUUUAUUUGCAUUACUUGAAAAACAUCGCGAAAAAUUAAAUUGUCAAGAAGCAUACAGUAAACAUAUGACUGAAGUAACUAAAGUUACACCAAAACUUCUUGCCUAUAUACAAUACAAUGUAACAUCAGCAAUAUUGAUAUUUUCAACUAAAAAAGAUAAUACAAAAGUUGCAGAUGUAAUAAUUGGUUCGAUGUUACAUAAUUAUCGCGUUUUUGUUAUAUCUACUGGUUCAAAAUAUCGACAUUAUGAAAUAGUUUCCAAAGACAUGGAAACGUCAAAUAUGUUGCAUAUGUUAUGUUACGAUUGCAAAGAUGGUCCAAAUACUGGUGCUAAGCUUAUUUUUCGCGCUGUAUACAAACUUUUUGGACUAGCAAAUUUAGCUAUGUGCGUUGAUUUAAUACAUGAAGAAAUCAGAGCAAAAUUUCGUUGGCUUAAUCAUAAAAUUGGUAUUAUAGAAGGUGAAAAAGAUUUAGUUGUUACUAAAAAAGAUAAAGCACUUGAUAAUAAUAAACGACCAUCAACUACUGAUUGUAAUCCAGUGAUGAAUACAAACGAUAAAAUGAUUGAAAAUGAAAAUGAAGCACGUAAACUUAUGCCUAAUAAUAAUAUUGCUCAUAUUCAUCCAAUCAAAAUAAAUUCAAAUAAAGAAACACUUCAUCAACGAGCAGCUGCUACAAAAGGAAAGUUACUAUUUAAGAGUGCUAUUUGUCGUUAA